GCUCUCUCUCGUCGAGGGUGUGAGUGACGUUUCGAGGGGUACCUCCCCUCCACGCCCGCUAACCCCGUCCGACUCCGCCUGAGGGUCGUCUCUCGGGUCCGCGCCCGGGAGCUCGCGCGACGCGCUCGACCGACGGGUCGCCCCUUGCGCGACCCCGCGACCCCGCGACCACUCGCGCGCCGCGGGCCCCCAAGGGGGUGCGUGAUUGUCCCUUCUGGGUCGCCGCCACAGCAGGUCCCUCCCAGCAGCCCUGACCCUCGACAGGAGGCGAAGGGUGCCGACAUGUCGGCGUUAGGGGCCGGGCUCUGCCGAACAGGCAUGGCCCUGACCAUGAUACUCGUCCUGGCCAUUCCCACGUCGGACUCUGCGCCGGUAUACGACCAGAAUACCACGCAGAUCGCAGAGCUCGACGGAGGUGUCGGUGGGUGCUACUACAACUUCCAGCACUACCGCGAGGGCGACAGGAUCGUGACAAACGAGCCCUGCUUGAACUGCACCUGCCACAAUCGGAUGCUGAUGUGCUACCUCAGGGUGUGCCCCUUCAGCAAGGCCAUCGGCCAGGACUGCACCGUUGAGAAGAAGCAGGACCAGUGUUGUCCCGUCAUCACUUGUCCGGAUCUACCGGUGCAACUGCUGACCUCCACCACCAGUGCUCCUUCUUCCACUCCUGGACCCACCGAUGUUGGGUUCCGCGACAAUUACGGGUGCAGGGUCGACAACACUUUCUAUGCCGAUGGAGCUCAGCUGCCCACGGACUUCCACAAUCCUUGCGAGCUAUGCUACUGCAUAAGGAACAGGACCACUUGUGUCAUGCAGGAGUGCACUUUGCGAGUCGCUGGAUGUAGACCAGUCUAUCAGCCCGGUGUCUGCUGUCCAGUCAAGUAUAAUUGCGAUUAUGACGAGGAAGCCGAAACCACGGUGGGACCAACACCAGGACUCGUGAUGACGACCACAGUGGCUCCGGGGACCGUCGCGGCCCAAUGCUACCACAAAGACAAGAUCUACCAGGAUGGAGAACUGAUCUAUUCGACCAAUCCAUGCCAACACUGUUACUGCUUCCGGGGAGAUAUUGCCUGCGCCGUUCAGGACUGCGGAACACCCAUGAAGACCCAGGGGAAGAACUGCACCGCCCUGCCGCCUCCUGAUGGGGAAUGCUGCCCGACCACGUACCACUGUGAGAACGAUGAAAACGUCACGUUGCCCAGCGGCGGUCUGAUCGAGAACGAGGUGGCCAUUACUCAGCCUACAGUCUUGGACAAAGAAGAAGGAGCUCAGAAACCCGUAGAUGAGACAUUCCCAGGAGCGGAUAAUGUGAUUCCUGAAGACCAUCAUGACGACGCCACACAGAGCACGAUAGAGGAGACCAAGGUGCCAGAAGAUGUGUCAGUGAGUGAAGCCUCGUCGACCGAGACUGCUGUUACCAGUUCGCAGCCUACCGAUGCUGCAAUAGAAGGCGAAGAGGUUCCUGAAGAGGAGACCAAGGUGCCAGAAGGUGUGUCAGUGAGUGAAGCGUCAUCGACCGAGGCUGUUGUUACCAGUUCGCAGCCUACCGAUGCUGCAGUGGAAGGCGAAGAGGUUCCUGAAGAGCAGCAAACGGAGGGUCCUGAAAUUAAGAUAGAACCUGAAGAGAAGGUCGAAACCAUGGAGGUCGCAGGUGGAGCAGAAGGUGCUACCGAGGAGCCUGCUGAGGCUCAGGCAACUGAAGGUCCUGAAACAGAAAUCAGUAGUACCGAAAAGAGACUCCCCGAGCAAGAGCCGACAUUCGCGACGAAGAAACACGACGAAGAAGUGGAAACACCUGAAGAGGGUGCAACGGAAAAAUCCCUUCCCGAAGGAGAGGUGAAAGAGGAGCAGACCGAAGCCACCACUGGCAAGGAAGGCCCGCAAAUUGUUACGGAGGGACCUGAAGCACCUGCGGCUGAAGAGGAACAGAAAACCGGGUCGCCGAUUCCUGAAGUGGAAGUUAAACCUACGGAACCUGAAGCACCUGCGGCUGAAGAGGAACAGAAAGCUGAGUCGCCGAUUCCUGAUGGGGAAGUUAAACCUACGGAACCUGAAGCAGUAGAAGGAGAAACGACGGAAGCAGGUCUCGAGAAAGGAUCAACCGAAGCUGCCGAAGUUCCAGAAGAAAAGAUAAUCCCGGGAAUUCCUGAAGAAGCUUCGAAAGAACCAGGUGAAGAGGAAGUCCCACAAGAAGAACCCGUGACCUCAGGGAUUGACCAGGUUCCGACAGAACCGGCAAUUGCUGAAGAGAAACCCGAAGAGCCUGGGAAACCUGCCGAGCCGGCCGAAGAGGAGAAGCCGCAGGUUGAAGAACAGGUACCAGAGGGUGAAGUUCCCUCCACCGAAGCUGGAAUCACGGAGAAACCGGUAAUUGAAACCACUCAAGAGACGAUUCUAAAGGAGGCGUCGACGAAGGUACCAAUUGUCGGUCAAGAACCUGCCAGGAAAGACGAUGAAGGCAUCGAGACCCCCAUCUUUGAAGAGCACAGAACAUCUGAACAACCCCCCUUGGCAGAAGGCACAUCCACUGAAGCUGUCGCAAAAGAAUCUUCAACAUUGAGGUCGCUUGAAGGGGUUCAUCCUUCGGAAAGUCCCGCUCUUCCUGAAGAGAGUAUCACGCCAGAGGAGAAGAAACCCGAAGAACAGCAACCAUCGGAAGAAUCCGCACAGAAACCAACGGAACCAGCAAGUGGCGAAUCCUCUACGGAGGCAGCAGUUCCUGAAGAGAAAGGAACUCUGAAGCCCGAAGAAGAAGAGGAAGGUGGAAAGAUCAGCACGGAAGGAACUCCUUUGGUAACGUCGCCUGAAACUUCCGUCACCGAAUCUGAUGAGACGGUUAAAGCAGAGCCUGAGGCAGGACCUGAGGUUGUUGAACCUGAAGUAGGAGUCUCGAGUACGGAGAAGCCAACAGUGGAGGCAGAAGGAACAUCUGAGGAGCCGGAAGUUCCGAAAGAAGGACCUACAGGAAUACCUUUGCCUGAACGUAUGCCUGAACUGAAGGCUGAAGACAAGGACGCGGUGACCGAUGUGCAGAUAACCGAGGGCUACCCCGAUGUUCAUCAUCCUGACAUGCAUAUACCAGAUAGUUUAACGAUUGACCACCUUCCGGCCUCUUCAACGCCUGAACCUUCUUCAACAUCUGCUCCUGAAGAGGUACCCACGACACCAGGUUUGACGCAACAAGAAGAGGGGUCGACGGUUACGUCCACUGAAGCUGAGCAACCUGUGCAAGAAGAAGGCGCCACUACUGCAGGUGCAAUCGCUGCGUCCGAAAUUCCUGAAGAGAAACCAAUCGUUCCUGAAACUAGUCACAGUACCGAAUCUCCAGUCCCUACGGAAUCGCACGUUCAGCGAAUUCCCCCAGAAGAAACAGUAAGUACUGAAAAGAGUAUACCUCAGGAAGAAGGAGUAACGGAAGGUGCAGCGGUUCCUGAAGUGGCAUCCACCGAAGGUGCAGCGGUUCCUGAAGUAGCAUCCACAGAAGGUGCAGCGGUUCCUGAAGCUACACCCACCGAAGGUGCAGCGGUUCCUGAAGUAACAUCCACCGAAGGUACAGCGGUUCCUGAAGUGGCAUCCACGGAAGGUGCUGCGGUUCCUGAAGUUGCAUCCACCGAAGGUGCAGCGGUUCCUGAAGUACCGUCCACCGAAGGUGCAUCGGUUCCUGAAGUGGCAUCCACCGAAGGAGCUGCUGCUCCAGGUGGAGUUGAAGAGCAGGAGAAACAAGGAGAAACCAGUCCUCAACCCGCCGAGGAAGAACCUAAACCAAGUUCUGAAGAAAUACCCAAGACAGGGGAGGAACCUGAAGAGGAAGAACAGAAGCCAACCGAGGGGUCAGCUCCUGAAGAAAUACCUGAAGAGGCAGGACCGAAGAUUAGCGAAGAAAUUGAAAAGACCACCGAGGAAGGUGCGCUUCCGACUGAAGAACCAUCGGUUGUUGAGGAAGGAACAAAGGAGUCGGUUACACCGAAGGAAGGUGCAGAGAAACCUAUUGAAGAGGAGGAAGGAACCAAAUCUCCAGAGGAAGCAACGAGCACAGAAGAGCCGAAAUUAGUUGAGCCUGGCUCGACGCCAAUUGCUGAAGAAGAAGCAACCAAGAUUCCUGGUGCUGAGGAACCGGCAACAAAAUCAUCAGUUCCUGAAGAACCUUCAGUUUCGAUUUCCGAAGGAGAAAGCACGACCGUGAGUUCGGAGAUUCCUGUAAAACCUGAAGCCGGAACAUCACCGGGACCAGUUGAAGAAAAACCUGUAGAAGAAGCAACCGAAGUGACUUCUGCUGUUCCUGAAGAACAACCUGGAGUAUCUCCGAAAACAUCGGACGAGUCUCAUCCCGAAGAGAUCCCAAGUGUUACGGACGAAAUUAUCGGAUAUACCACUGUAUCAUCAUCAACUGAGAAAGAAGCUGAGGAGGGAACACUUGCAACUGAAAAAGAGGCGACCACGAUCGGAGUAGUUGAGGAACAACAAACGGAGAAGGCAAUAACUGAGGAAGCACCACUAGAAGUGACAAGUAAAGCUGAAGUAGAAGCAGAAGAGAAACAGACAGAAGCUCCUCUCGAGUUCUCCACUUCUGUGAGUUCCUCGGAAGUUCCCGAAGGUGUUACCGAAGGUCAGCCUGAAAAAGAAGAGAUCAAACCGAUUCUAGGAGUUGCUGAAGAAGAAGCAGCGAAAGCAACCGGGGCUCCUGAAGAGAAACCUGAAGACCAGACCACUGCGACUCCACAUGUCGAAGAAGCGAUAACAGAGAAAGCAGCUCCUGAAGAGGAACCUGUGUCUGUAGUUGCUGAGGAACAUCCAACGGAGCCAUCCAUCGUGAAAGAGGCAAGUUCCAUCGUUCCUGAGGAGCCAACGGAAGCACCAGUCGAGGAGGGAGGGACGCAGGAAUCUGUCGAACCUUCCGUUCCGGUACUUGUUGAAGAACCAUCAACAGAGACUUCGAUACCUAAAGAAGAGCAACCUGCCGGUACUUCAUUACCUGAUGAAGUUACCAAGACUCCCAUAAUUAAGGAAGAACCCGCCGAAGUAACAGUGCGCGUUGAGGAACCAUCAAGUGAGGCUCCAGUUGUUGUUGAAGAACCGACAGAAAAAACCGUCGAAGAACAGAAGCCGAUUGAAGGACCAGCCGUGGAAGAGAUGCCGACUGAAGGACCAGCUGUGGAAGAGAAGCCGACUGAAGGACCAGCUGUGGAAGAGAAGCCGACUGAAGGACCAGCUGUGGAAGAAAAGCCAACGGAAACGUCUGCCGAAGAGAAACCGACGGAGAAAUCUGCCGAGGAGAAACCGACGGAGAAAUCUGCCGAGGAGAAACCGACGGAGACAUCUGCCGAGGAGAAACCGACGGAGAAAUCUGUCGAGGAAAAAUCAACGGAAGAGCCAGCUGCUGAAGAGAAGCCAACGGAACAGUCUGUCGAAGAAAUAGCAACGAAGGAACCAACCGAAGAACCCGCGGGAGAAGCGAAGCCGACUGGAGUUCCUGCUGCAGAAGAGACGCCAACGGAAGAACCUACACUAGAAAAGGAACCAGUAGAAGAACCAACAGAAGAAGAGAAGCCAACUCCAACUUCUGAAGAAGUACCUGUUAAAAGUACCACCGCUCCCGAGGUGAAAUCGGGUACGGAACUGCCAGAGGAGGAACCGACUAAAGCUGCGCCUGAGGCGAGCGAACCUGAAAAAAUACCUGAAGAAGUUUCACCGCCCGAAUCAGCAACUGCAGCUCCUGGAGAACCAGAGUCAACCAGCAAACUCGCAGACGAAGAGCGUCCAGAAAGCACACCGAGUGAAGCACUCCCGACCGAAACCGCCUCAAUACAGCCAUCAAUCCCUGAAGAACCAAUCACGGAAAAGAAGCCAUACGACGAAACUGCAGUCACAACGGAACCGGCGAUUGUUGAGAAGACACCGGAUGUUGAACCUCAAGAAACCGAGAAAACGCCUGUAGAAGAAGGAACGACACCAUCAGUUGUACAAGUCUCCAUUGUCGAAGAGAAACCCGAAGAACCAGUUCAGGAAAUUGAGAAGCCGGGAGUGGAAGUCGAAGAGCAAAAACCAGCUACGGAAGAAGAGACAUCACCAACCGAGAGAAUCGAUGUGCCUUCUUCAACACCAAGUGCUGAAGAACAGACACCGGUUCAGGUAACGGAGGAAGUGGAACUAGCACCCGGUAUCCCAGGAGAAGGAAACUGUCUAGUGGAUGGUCAAUCCUUCAACAACAAUUCGGCAAUUCCACCUGUGAACCCAUGCCAACUGCGCUGUCGGUGCAUCAGCAGCAUUGUCCAGUGCGACCUGGUUGAAUGUUCUCCACCGCCUUCUCAUCUCUUCAACUGCAUGCCCGUGCACACGGGUGGAAAUUCGUGCUGUCCCAUGUACUCGUGCAAUGCCCUGUCCACCCCAGGAUUGGAAUCAGACAACCAGAUGUCCGGCCAUGGAAAACCGGAACAAGUGGAUCAGAAGACCGAGGUACCAGAGACGACGGAACCAGCGAUAAAGGGAGAGGAACCAGCAGCACCUGAAGUCACGGAGAAGACCGGAGGUGUCGAAGAACCUCAGGAAGUUCCAGAGAAGACUACGGUUGCAGUUGAGGAACCAGUUUCUUCACCAGCUGUCCCAGUUGAGACACCUACCAGCUCCGUGGAGCAGUCCACAUCCCCAGUGCCUAGUGAAGGAGUUGUCGAAGAAGAGCAUAUCCCAGUAAAGACGACGGAAGAGGAACAGGUACCAGUGUCUGUUGUGACGACCGCACCGGAAGAGGAACAGAAACCCGUGGAAGCAGCAGGUCCCGACACUCAGCCUGAGGGUCCAACCGACCAGGUACCAGAACUGCAAACUACGGUUCCAACGGUGAAGGAACAAACCGAAGGUCCGGCUGAAACCACUGUUCGACCAACGGACGAGGAACAACAGGGAACGGGUGCUCCUGCAGUAUCACCUGCCGAGGAAGUGGCUACUUCAGCACCGGAAGAGGGAACGAUUAAACCUGAAGAACACCCGACCGAGGCUGCUGGAGUCGAGCAGGGUCAACCGGAACCAUCUUCAACUGCUCAGCCAUUGGAAGAGAUCACUGAACCAUCUAAGGUGGAAUCAACCAGUCCAGCAGGUGAAGCAUCAACGGAACCUGUGGUAGGUGCUGAGGAACCAGAGAAGUCUAGUUCACCUGCUGGUCCCGUAGAAACAACGAUAUCAGGAGUGGAAGGCGUGGAACCUGAAAAGCAAGAGCCUACGCCAGCUGUAGAGGGAAAACCAGAGCCUGAGGAAGGUACAACCGCUGGUCCACUUGCAACGGAAAUCCCCGCUGUUCCGGAAGUCACGGAAUCUGGUGCUCCUACUGAGCAAGGAGCAACUGGCGAGCCUGAACUUGGAACGCAAGCCCCGACCAAAUCGGUUGAGGAAGAAACCGCAACGGAGGGUCAACAGCCACUUGGCCCCGUUCCGGAAGUACCAGAAAUUAGCUCCUCUCAGACACCUGAGGAAGGUCAGACGAAGGCACCAGAAGUCACGACUGAGGGAAUAGUCAAAGAAUCAGCUACCGAUUCUGGAGAGAUUGUUAAACAAACAACUGUGGGUGUAGAACUUACAGUAGAACCAUCGGAACGGCCUGAGGAAUUACCUACUGGACCAAUUGAAGGAGAUAAAAUCCCCAGUCCACUUGAUGAAACAGAGCAGCAGACUGCCGGACCUGAGACUGUCGAAGGGGAAACUCGUAAACCUGAUGAGGAACUGGAACAACCUGGCGUACCUGUUGAAGUGCAGACCUCAGCACCUACAGCUGCCGAAUCUUCGGAACCUGCAGACAGUGGAAUAUCUGUAACUGAUGUAUCUACCGAGGAACAUAAAACACCUGAAGAGGAAUACGUGGAACCUGAAGAGGGACACACCGAGCGUACGGAAGUGCAUGUCGAACCGGAGGAAGGACACAUCGAACCUGAGGAAAGACCCGUCGAACCCGUGGAAGGACACGUUGAACCUGAAGAAGGAGUGACAGGUGCACCUGAUGUGCCUACUGAGGAACCAGGUGUGAAAGUAGAAGGAACGACAAGUGCAGCAGAAGAGGAGGCCGAAACACCUGCCGCCCCGAUUGUCAAAGUCCUGCCAACUGAAGAGCCUGUCGAAAGUCUGACGGAGGAACCAAUUGUAGCUGUUUCGAUUCAGACUGAGGGAUCAGUUUCCCCUGUUGCAGGUCAGACCGAGGAACCGACUGUACCAGUUGCCGGUCAAACUGAGGAACCGACUGCACCAGUUGCCGGUCAGACUGAGGAGCCUAGUGCACCAGCUGUGGGCCAGACUGAUGAACAUGAUAUACCAGUUACAGGACAGACUGAGGAACCGGCUGCACCAGUUACAGGUCAAACUGAGGCACCCAUUAUACCCAGUACAGGUCAAGCUGAGGAACCUGGUGCACCAGUUGCGGGUCAGACCGAAGAAACUGGUACACCAGUUGUAAGCCAGACUGAAGUACCUAGUAUAUCAGUUACAGGUCAGACUGAGGAACCGGCUGCACCAACUGCAGGGCAGACUGAAACACCCAUUGUACCUAGUGCAGGGCAGACUGAGGAACCCAUUGUACCCAGUGCAGGCCAGACCGAGGAACCCAUUUCACCUGUUGAAGGUGAAACCAAAGGAUCAGUUACCCCCGUCGAAGGCCAAACCGAGGAACCUAUCGUCCCUCUCGAAGGCCAAACCGAAGAACCUAUUGUCCCUAUCGAAGGCCAAUCCGAAGAACCUAUUGUCCCUGUCGAAGGCCAAACCGAGGAACCUAUCGCAUCUGUCGAAGGCCAAACGGGAGAACCUGCCGUGCCUGCUGAAGGCCAGACCGUAGGACCUACUAGCCCUGUCGAAGAACAAACCGAAGAACCUGUUUCACCUGUUGAAGAAGGAACCGGCAAACCUGAAACGCCGGUGCAAGUAACGGAAGAACCUAAGCCAGCCGAAAUCACCCCUGGCGUUGAAGAAGCAACGCCGACUGAAGAAGUUCAAAUACCUGUGGAAGUUAAACCGGAGGAACCAAUUGGUGAAGAACAGCCCAGUUCCACAGUUGCUGCAGAAAAGGAACUGCCAGAGACUUCUACAGCUGAAGCUGAAGUCACGAAACUAGCUGGCCUUGAACCGACCACGCUUCCGAAAGAACAACCGGAAGUAGCACCUGGCACUGAGGAACAACCUGGUACUGAAGCAACUGGUGCAGACGUAUCAGAAGGAUCAAUCGAGGAGCAGAAACCUACGGAAGCCGAAAGCACGCCCACCAUAGAACCAUCCGCAGAAGGUACGACACCGGUUCCUCAAGUUGCAGUAGAGGUCUCGUCAGAAAGGAUCCCCGAAGAGGAAAUCAAACCUGACCAGGUGCCACUAACGGAAGAACCUGAGAAGUCCGUUGAAUCUUCUACGUCACAACCCACCGAACCAGUCGAAGGUACCACCGAGAAAUCCAUAGAAAAGAGUCCCGAGGAAUCAACGCCUGCCGAAGAACAGAAACCUGAAGAGAAACCUGAAGGGCAACCCGAAGAGACCCCAGCGGAAACGCCAAGCCCCGAGGGAGUGGCACCAGAUACACCCUCUUCAGCUCCCGAGGAGCAAGGAACCGAAGGUCCCAGCGCCCCAGAGACCAUCGAAGAACAUCUCCCAGAAAACGUCACCGCCGAAUCUACGACCGAGAGGAAGCCGGAGUUCUCCACGGAAGCACCCACUAGUCAAGAAGUUCCUGAAGUGUCCGUCACCGAAGGGCUACCCACAGAAAGCUCGGUGGCACCCGAAGAACCCGAAGCCCAAUCCCCAGUUCCAGAAGGCGAGGCCCCAAAACCAGAAGAACUGCCAGAAUCAUCCGUCCAACCUGAAGGAACGACACAGCACCCGAGUCUUCCCGAAGAAGGCACAACCCUAGCCGGCGUGGAGGAGCCCAAACCCGAAGAGCAAUUCCCCACGAAGGUAAGUGGCCCCGAAGAAGCGACACCCGAGUCUCAGUCUUCUCAGCCUCCAUCCGAGGAACCCAUCACCGAGGCGCCUCAAGAAGGUCCCGUGGAACCGCAACGGCCAUCGGAGGAACCCCCAGCAACGGACCAGCUGAUCAAGGAACCGUUCACAACUCCAGCGUCCGGAGAGAGCUCUCAGGAGACCUCGUCCGAAGAGGAAGACCACUCACCGGAACUCCCAGCGUUCCCUGAGGAACCCGAAGAGCCCGAGAGCCAACCAACCAUCAGGCCUGAGCAGCAUCCAGAGUACGAAGGAACCAAACGACCAACCACCCCACCAGGGGUCUACACUCCUGAAGUGGCCAGCACGAUCUCUCCACCUGGAACCUCCCAGAGCCCCCAGGGCUACCCCGAGCAUGGCGUCACCGACGAGGACAACCCACACUUCCCAGUUGAUGGUGGAAGCUAUCUGAACCCUGACGAAGAGGACUACGGCGAGGACGACCAGGCCAUCUAUGGUCCAGGAACUUGCCGAUACGGCGGCAAGGUCUACGUUUCCGCCCAGCAGAUCCCCAGGGAUGACCCCUGCGACUUCUGCUUCUGCUUCCGAAGCGACAUCAUCUGUCUGCAGCAGAGCUGUCCUCCGCCCAUCCAUGGAUGCCAUGAAGAGCCCAUCAGCGGCUUCUGCUGUCCGCGGUACGAGUGUCCCGUGUCCAUGGCCACGAGCCUCAACAUUACCACCACCACGACCACGACCACGACCACCUUGCCCCCUCACUUCCCCUCUCACGUCUACAAGGGUGCAGCUAGACGCAGUGGGUGCCAAAUCAACGGCAGGGCCUACCGUGUCGGCGAAGUCGUCAAGUCCGCCUCUGGACCUUGCCUCAGAUGCACAUGCGGGGGAGACGGUAAUAUGCAGUGCGACCCACGAGUAUGCAGUCCUGAGCCGAUGCUGAGGCAAAUGAUCGCAGCAGUCACCGCCAGAAGGAGGAGAUGAGCCUCGAGAUGAGCAACCUCCUCAGCAACGCCAGCUCGGCCCCGGGCUGUCGGGCUCGAGAAACUCGAGAGCAGUGUUGUAUAAAAGUGACUUAACAUUUUGUUUUUUUUUUAUUAUUAUUAUUAUUAUUAUUAUAUUAAUAUUAUUAUUAAUAUUAUUAUAUUCUAAAUGCCGUCGCGGAACACAGACAAUGACGUGCCCGGCGAUCACGAACUGAGUGGCCAAAACGUAAGCGUUUAUAUAAGAGGAAGAGAAGCGAUGAACGGUGGAAGAGAGAUAUUAAUUAAAUAACGUAGGGCGCGUUUUUGGUGCCAAAAUGGAGGGAGCGACGAAUGAAGCGGCGAGGGCGGACGAGGAAGGAGGAUCUCUUCUUUUUGGAGAUAUCGAGAGACGUGCGCUUACGAUCGACUCUCGAAAUCGAAAGACCGAAAAGUCGGAACGGAGGGACUGCGAAACGUACGAGACUUAUGACAGUGCCUUCGUCGAUGCCUUGUCGGCAAUUUCUCUUGCGGUCGACGUAGCCAUAUCAACGUCCUCGACGUUUCCGGGGAGAAGCGCGAUAGUCGGGAAGAAAGGAUUGAGCGAUACGAGGAAGAAUUGAGGACGAAGAAGAGAGGUCACGGAGAGAAGAUGGACGACCUCGGCGUCUCGGAUCCCUCGGCGAGGAGCUUCAAGACCAGAUACUAAUUGAAUUAAUCGAAGUAUACCGCGCACAAAGGGAAGACAUCCGAUAAUUCGAUGUGAGGAAAUAAGGGGACUUGGAAGGACCAUUUGGGUCCUUUGGAUGACUUUCCGUUGGCUGGGGAGAAGAUGGUCUUCGAGGCUCCGUCGAGAGGAGAUCCGCCCACGCGGCAGGUCAUAUCCGCGAGAUAAAUUAGGAUUAUGCUUAGGAAUUUGAAAGAUGUACAAUGAAAGUCAAGACCGGAAGUUUCUUGGACGUUUGGUAGCGAGGUAGUCGGUGGUUUUGCGUCCAGGUAUCUCCCGGGAAGAAAAAAAAGUCUCUUUCGAGCGACCUCUUGGAAGGGUUCCUACUUUUUUAAAGAGGCCUCAGGAUUUUCUGGCGGAUCUUUCCUUGCUGCGUGGAUUAAGGACUCGGGAACGUCGAGCGACGUCGAAGGGGAGAAUUAGACGAAGGAUUACGAAGCUCCAGGUGGAAAAUCGUACGCGCAACUCAAAGCUCAAA